AUGAAAUUGAGUACUCUUCACCCGCCAAACAGUCGACUCCUAAGUGCCGACGUUAUAUCUGGUGUCGUUCAACAGCGCUCGAAAGUCUCACGUAACGCGUACGUGGAUCAAGAGCACAGCCUAACAUUGUCACAUCUACCGCAGCCUCCUCGCAUACAUACGUCUUAUGUAGAGUCUGAAAACCCAAACGACUCGUCAACAGAUGGACGUUGGGCAAGCCAUCAUGGCACCACCGAAAUGACCACGAAGCUAAGAUGUGCUCAAAAUUUUACCCCUUACUCAGCGUCACGAGACGGCCUCACGAUAAGUGAAGGCCCUGCUAAGCCUAUCACACAUAAAGGUCAGAUGACUAGUAUGGUCGAAAUGAUUAUAGCAGACAAAGUGCGACUUCGGGAACUACGUCGAGUAAGGCAGAUUCGGUAUCGACAAAAAAAAGAAAACUACGCGGCUAGUCUUGAUGAUGGAAACAAAAAGCUUCGAAGCGAAAUCGAGCAGCUUUCUCAGCGUCGUCGAGUAGCAGUUGCCACAAUUGCGUCGACAACAAGCGGGUGGAGUGUGGCCGUCGAGUACUUUCGACUUUUUCAAUACGGAGUCCGGAAUUUCUCUGAUGCGCAACGCAGUGUUCAAAUGGCUUUCUUGCAAGAGACGAUGGCACCGGACAUCCUCUUUAACUCCGGAUACGGUAUUGAAGCUAUUUUAGACUACUGGCAUUGCAUCUCGCAAUGGUUUGCGAAUUUCGAGGUCGAACUAAAAGCCUUGGAGAAAGCCUCAUCAAAUACACUUGUGGCCAGCACCGUCACUACCAUCACAAUUUCGGAAAUAACCUUGCGACAGAUUUUCCCACAUUUGCUGAGCAUGGACCAGUCAAAAGGGUUGACACCACUGGCGCAAGAACUUUUAGACCAGACUCUAAUUAUGCAGGGAUCAGCACAAUUUGAAUGGGAUCGCGAGCACUCUUGUGUUGGAAGCAUUCGUAGUCAUUCGGAUAUGAUACCCCCGCUUUUGUGCGUACUGGGGGAUCUUGACAAGGUGUCGCGUGUGUUCAGCAAAGCUCUUAUAACACCGGACUUUAGGUGCAAGGCGUUUGCCACGCGCAGUUGA